CCGCCAGUCGCUCCCGCAUUAAAAUUUCAUGGGCGCUGCAGCAGCUUACAAAGACGACGCCGGCUGCGCUCUGGGGACCGGAGGGAGGGAGGCUGCGGACGAGUGCGGGGAGGAGUUUGCGAUGGGAGGCGCUUGCAGGGGCUCCCCCAGUUCUGAUCCGUGAGCCCGGGCACAAAGAGCCCUCUGCACUCGCGCCGCAGGACCGCGGACCCGAGUGACGGCUGGACCCAUCACCCUGCCCACCCAUGGGGUUGCAGACACGUCGACGUGACCACUACGACCAUAACAGCAUCGAAGGACAGCUAGGAUGAACCUUCUGUGCACCCCUGGGGUGAAAGACUCCAGCUUCAUGCUAUGAAAUCCAUUUGGGUAGAAACCCCCUGAAUCUUAGAGGUUUGCCUUUUCUGGACAUGUCACAUACGUACAUGGAGUCAAACAGCACGCGGCCUCUUGUGUCUGGAUUCUUUUCUCUCCGUAUUCUAUCUUCAAGGAUUUUGACUUGAUCUGUCUUACUGGGGUAAAGGCACCUGCAUUCCAGGAGGCAUAUCCUGUUUCUGGGACAUCGGCGUUACACGGAGAUUUCCUCGACAGACAGCUACCUGCUUGACUCAGGGGUUGAUGUUUCCCUCAAAACCUUCAUUGCCUUAUGGAUAUCGGGGUCUGCGGAACCAGGGGAAGGGCCAUUGUGAACAGCCUAGAGUCUAUUAACAGAGUGCAGCGAGGUCCUGGGACAGAGGAGAGAGAAGGGAUUUCUGAAUUCUUCCCGAACAUUCCUGGCCACACCCGGGAAGCAGCCUUGCAGAUAAGUAUUCCAGUUUACCCACCCACAGCCUGCCCGCCUGCCCUCUCUCAGUCUGUGCAGGAAAGUACAGAACCUCAGAAUCCCCGUGUAGGAGGGGAAAUGGGUGAUCAGCUUUUCUAGCCCUCUAGGUCACAAACAGAGACCUUGUCCCCAUUUUAUGGGGCCCCAGAGAGGGUGACCGCCACACCCCUCUUUUGGCACAGAGCCUAGAAUUUUGUCAACUCCACCAUCAGGAACUUCUGUAGACUGGAGUUUAAUGACCUCAUAUUGAGAUCCCGUAGAUCUGGGGUCAGAAGAAGUGAGUCAGAUGGGGGUUGGGGACUCCUGGUGGCUCUUCUCAGUGCUGGCCCUUUGUCAUCAUCAUAUUUGUAAAACUUGGCCCAGGGCUCCUUUACCCAGCAGUGGAGUGGGGACAUGGGCAUGGUGACUCUAGGGCCACAUUCUUUCCUCCAGAUCUGGACCCCUGCCCUGAGUCCCAGGUGCCCGAAGCAAGCUCCGGCCACACGUUAAGAGGCGCCCCUGACUCUCCUGGCCCAGCUCUGCCAGCCGCUGAAGAGAGCUUAGAUGUCACCAGAAGCAAAAUUGAGAUAUGAUUCUGGGUCAGGACUAGGAGGCAUUUGAUGGGGGCAAAAACGUAUCUGAGGCUGAUCUGUAGGGCCCCCCGCUUUCCUCUCCACUGCCUCACACUGUGGGUUAGUACUGUGUACUCUGGAUGAAUGUAGGGCUGGAAGGAUCCCAGGGCACAGAGAGAGAGAGCGAGAGAAAAAGAGGGACGGACUUCCCGGGGCGUCACAGAAUGGCAAAGCUGGAUCAGGAGUCUGGAUUCCUGACUCCAUUCACUGCUUCUGCUCAGCUCAAUUUGUCUUACUUUGUCCUGAGGCCCCCUUCUGCAGUUUUUGGGGAACAGGGAGGUGGGUGAGGGAGCCCCCCCUUAUCCCGAGGACAUUCUGGGGUGGGAGGAAGGGAGGUAAAGGGGUGUGUGUCUGGGCCCAGCCUCUCUGGCCCAGAGUGCCCUUCUUCUUGCUAGCAGAGACUUCUGGCCAGGUCCGGGCGUGGGGACGGGGCCUGGGUGCAGUUUUCUCCUGCGGUGUGGUUGGCUCUUUUGUCUUCCAGGAUGGGAUCUACACGGGAAAGGAGCUGGGAGCUGGGCCUGGGCUGCCCACGUGCUGGCUGGGUGCUUCCAGGUAAACCUGGCACAAACACGGACCAAGCACCUUCUCCCAGCGAGAUUCUGGGGAUCCAGAGGUUCACUCCAGAGACACGGUUCCACGCUCUCAGAUCUUCACACCAGAAUGUGCUUUAUCACAGUCUCAGCGAAGGAGUGAGCUCCCCAUCCUGGGAAGAGUGUGUGUGUGCAUGUGGCUCUUCCCGGCUGCGUCUCCAGGACUCCUGGUGUGGUCUCUCUGGAGCCCGCGUGACUCUGGACUCCGGCCACAGUGAUACAGGGAGCAGCCUUUGGUGGUUUUCUGGAACUCUGGACAAUACUCGAGAGACCUCAUCUUUCCCAGCUGCUCAGACGGCGCCUCAGACAAAAGGAUCAAGGGCCCUUCUGGUUGGCGCUUGGCUGAGGACAGGCCCUGGCUCUGGAGGGAGGGCUAUGAGGGAGGCUGGCCACCCCCUGCCCCUCCGUGUCCACCUGGACCCUGCGUAUCAGACCUUACCGUGUGUGCCUGGACACCACUUUUUGGCCCUGUGCCGACCUGAUGGCUCUCUGCAGCCCUGCUCCUGGGCCAAGGCCCCGCGGACCCUUACCAAGGCUGGGUCUGGAAGGACCCUCCAGGCGGGGGCAGGACCACAGGGAUGGGAGUCAGGGUGGAGCUGCCUAGUGGAAAGGAGGCCAGGCACAGCUUCAUGGGCUCCAACGCCUGGAGUCUGUCUUGUGCCGUUUGCCUUGAGCGAUUCUCAUUUUUGUGGGUGCUUUUUGGAUGAGGUUUUUCUCUGUUGCUCUCUGCCUGAUGGUCACAGGAAGAGGGCAGUCAGGGUCUGGGUGGAGUCCGGGUCUUCCCCCAGUGUGGUUGAGUUUUGGGGGACAGAUGGAGUGGCAGAAGCUGUGCUAUCCUGAAAGGGGAGGGUUUGUAAGAGAUGAGGAGGCCCGGGUAGGGGGAGCUUGCCAGAGGGAGACAGAAACUGGGCCAUUUUCGCACCAUCCAAAGGGAACAGGCUGGAUCCAGCCUUGUCCCCAGGCUCGAGGGGUCAGGUGACCCCAGCCAGAUCUCUGAUGUCUGUUCCUUAUUGCACAGAUCCUUGAUUCUGUCCUUGGGGUACCAGGCAGGGCAGGCCCCAGGCACAUGAAGCCCUCCCCUGUCACACGGCUGCACGUUCACCUUCCUGUGCACGUCUCCAUUCUCCACUCUCCACUCUCCAGCCUGUCUGGGGGGCGGGGAGCGGGGGUCUAGUGCUAGCCCAGAAGCAGUCUGUGGGUUUCCAUAGGCAGGAUGAAAAGCCGGGUGUUCUUUUCCUAAGUGGAGACGGAGCCUGAAUUAGCUCGAACUAUACUAAAAGCAGACCACACCCUGGGAGGGAGGCUUAAACAGUGGAAAUGUGUUUUCUCAUAGUUCUGGUAGGUGGAAGCCCAAGAUCCAGGUGGGAGUGAUGGUUUCUCCCGAGGCCUUUUUCGUCAGCCUGUAGAGAGCCACCUUCUCGAUGUGUCCUCACUGGGCCUUUUCUCUGGGUGCACUUAGUGGGAGAGGGAGGAAGAGGGACCGAUCUGGUGUGUCUUCCCGUUUUUCUAAGGAAUGCCAGUCCUGUUGGAGGAGGGUCCUACUUUUAGGGCCUCUUUGAGCCUUAAUUUCCUCUGUAAAGGUCCCAUCGCCAAAUACCGUGGCUUUGGGGGCGACGGCUGCAACCUAUGGAUUUGCGGGGGUGGGAUCCAGUCACACGGAUGCUCACUGCAAAGGUGGAAAGAAGGAGCCAUUUUCCCCUCAGCAGCCCCACAGCCACGGGGAGAGGGAGGGAGAGCAGAGGUAGGGGACAUAGGGACCGAGAGUAGGCGACACUGUGCUAGGAUGGUCCCAGUGCUUUAGGGAUACAUGGAGCUGGCUGGACCAGGGCAGUGAGGAGGAGUCCCAGGGGAAGGCUGUCCUGGGAGGAGCCUGAGCUUUGGAGCCUCCGGGUGUGCCCCCUGCUACACAAUCUUGAGCAAGUCACCUCACCUCUGUGAGUCUGAUGUCCAUUCUGUAACAGGAGCCAUCUGCUCUGCUGGAGGGGAGGGCAGUGCAGGAGGAGUCAGUAAAGGCUCAUGCCUGCCCAGUGCAGGGCUCCUAGCAGGUUGCUCCGUCAACACUCCCAUCCCUUUGGGGGUUUAGAUUCAGGGCUUAUCUAUUUUCGGUACUCCAGAACUGCCAGCUCGGCAUCUUCUAAGCCAGAGGCACUUCCACUGCCUGUGUUUCUUAAUAUCUACUUUGAAUCAGCUUGGGGAGGUAGCUGUACUUUAUGGCCUCCCCAGUAGCUCCAAAUGCCUCCUGGGGUACCCUCUCAUCUGGAGUGAGAGCCUACCAUGGGCCCUUUUUUUCUGUGCUGGUCGCUUGCAGGGGGAUAUAAGUGAAGCUCUAGGCAUGAUUGAAACCUACAGGGUGGCCCGGCCAAGCAAUUGGAACUGGAGGACUAGAGAAGGGGGCAGAGAACAAUCCACUCAGUCAUAGGUUCUGAGUGCUUGGGGGUUGGGGGCGGAAAUAAGGUCCCAGAAUCACCUGGACAGUCUUCCCAGCAAGGUUUUGAAGAAUGAGAAAUAUGUGGCUUAGCUGACAGCUUCCAGGUCUCUGGAAGAGAUUCGCAAAGUAAGUCCUAGGAGAUACCAUUGCUCUUACCAAAAAAAAAAAAAAAAAAAAAAAAGUUCAAAUUCAUCCAGUUUCUAAAAAAUGCAGGACUUAUCAGAACCUUUAAAGUGCUGAUGGGAACUGUGAGUACUCAAGGACAGGCAGGAUUCAGUGUUCUCCUGUUUUAUGGCAAUAGAGCCUUUUUCUCAUGGGGCAUCAUUUAGAACUGAGGGGGCCAUCUGGUGGGGCUUCUGUGGAAAAACCACAGCCGGGAUAGGAGAUGACACAGCUUGACGACACACUCAGGGGCUUUAUAGCAGUGGCUGGAAAGGCAGUAGACGAGGAGGUGCCAGGGGAGUUGGAACUCAGUUCCAGGAGUCAAGUGAGCUCUGUGCAGUUUUGGUGUGGGCUGAAGAGGAAGAGGGCCGGCCAGUGGUCAGAGUAGCUGGAAGCCUGGCACUUGGUGGAGGAGGUGUCCACUGGACACAGUACCUCUAGGCUUGAUGCUACUGGGGCAUCAACUCUUUUGUCGAAGAUGCUGGUGUGUGUGCCCGCGUGCCUGAGUGUGACAGGAUCCAGCCUUCUGGGAAGGGGCUGACCAGAACCAGGCAGGGGUUUCCGGCCAGGACCAGCAGGGUCUCUUUUCGGGGGGAGGGCCCUUGAAGCCCACAGCCGAGAAAUUGGGAAGCAAAAACGCUCUGGGGUGGGGGCCACAGGAGAGGCUUCGUUCUGGGGGGCUGAGGAGCAUGGAGGUGGACCCCCUGCCCUGGUCAGUCCCCUCUCCCUGGCUGGUGGGAACGAGAGGCCUCCGGAGCCACAGCUGAGGGGCCGGGGCCGUGUUGCAUGGUGUGAUUAACCUACUAACCCAGGGCUCGGCCAGGCCGCUGCAGCGUGUGACGAGGUGCCUGGCCUUCUGCCAACUGACUAACCCACUAACCAGGCCCCAGCAUGCCCUACUAACCCCCUGCAGCCAGACCCUACUAACCUUGCAGCUCAUGGGCCUUCCAAGGGGCUGGGACGUGGGGGCAGACGACGCUCCAGAAGGCCCUGCCCGUGGCCUGGGAUCUCUGUGCAGACCCACAUUCCAGGACAGGGCGCGCGAGCAGGACUCACCAACUCUGCCACUUCCUGCUGGGUGAUUUGGAGCAAGUCACCUAACCUCUCUGAACCUGGUUUCCUCAGCAGCAGAGGGGGGGCUAUGAUCUUCACCUCACAGGCUGCGGUGAGGAUUCUUGUGAAUAUAAAGUUCUUGACAUGUGGCAGAUACUUAAAAAAAAAAUGAGUGAGGGUUGGGGGUGGGAAGCCCAGAAAACCUGAUUAAUCACGUCCCCUGCCUUGGCCCUGGUCCCUCUGGGUGUUCUGCACACAGAACCUUCUGCCUGGGGCCAGACACUCGCUUUGAACCCUGUCUCUUCCCCACAUUCUUCCUUGUUCCAAGCUUUCUUUUCUGUAGGCAGCUCUUUUGUUCGAUUACUAACCUGUCUAACUGGGGGGGGGGCCCUCAACCGUCCCCUGCCCAUCCCUUAACCAACUAAUGGACCUGUGUGUGUUCUUCCUUUUCUCCUAGUGACUCCUGUGUGUGUCUGCUGAGGUGCUCCCGUGCGCUGGUGCUGUGCUCUGACUUACUAACCCAGCCCCUACUAACCUCGUUUUCUCUUCUUACUAACCCCAGCCCUGCCGAGCUCUGGGCACCCCCUCCUUUUGGCAAGCAGAGUUCCUGGGGCCGAUCCUGCACACCGAUGCCCCACUUUGCUGCCUCAAUUGGCUGUGAGUUCAGAGUCCACUGGGCCAGGUCUAAGGCAAGGGACGGCCGUGUUUACCACACCAGUGGCCCACAGGAGGUGGCGGUCAUGCGGAUGUAGGAGGUCGGCCUCCGAGCGUGAACAUCUCUCCUUUGUGCGGAAGUCUGGUGGCCACUGGGAGGGGGCGGGACCAGGGAAACCUUUGGGAUUUCCCUGGAUGGGGAGGCCUGUGGGUCUGCAGCAUGGAACACUGGGCUCUUCCCAGCCAAGGGGCAGAGAGAAGGGGCCUGCGGCCUGUGUGUCCUCCUUUGGAGGGAAACAAGGGUGGAAUUGACUCCAUCGUAAAGUGACAAGAAGAGGCAUGGUCCUACACAGGAAGUCAAUGGGAGCGUGUGCCGCACCAGGAGGUCAGCGAAAGAGGGCGUGGCCCACACCAGAAGUCAGUAAGAGGGGUCCCUGCAUAGGAAGUCAAUGAAAGGGGUCUUUACCACACUGGGGAUCACUGAGUGGAGCAUUUAGUACAGGAAGUCAGAAGUCAGUAAGAGGGGUUUCUCACCUUAUCACUAGGCAUGAGAAGGACAGGCCGAAAGAUCAGUGAGAAGGGCCCUUCUUGCAACAGUAGUUGGCUAGAGGGGCCCUUCCCCUCCCUGAAGCCAGUAGAGAGAAGUUCCCCACACCGGAAGUAGAUAUGGGCCAUUUUCACACCGGAAGUCGUCGAGAAAUGCUGUCCACAUCAAGAAGCUUGGGAAGGCAAGAAAGAAAAUAACUACCCUGUGUUCAGGGGUUCGCAGGGGAAGAAAGUAGGAAGCAAGACGUGAACCCCAGGGUCCCCCAGUGUCCUGCAGUCCCUCAGGCCAGCCAGAAAUUAAUCCCCGGCUCCCAGUCCUGUUCCCACCCAUGGCCCGGCCCCAGCUUGCCUUCCCCAGAGCCCGCCAGCCGCUACGCCAGGGCCACACCUGGGGGUGAUUUUAUGCCUCACCUCCAGUAGGCACCUCGGUCUGUCUCUGUGGGCUAAUCUCUGGCUCCUUUGCACUAACUCUUGCUCUCACCCAGCUAAUCCCUGCCUCACCCUGGCUGCCCCUCGGGGGGGCUGCCCACUAACAGCCAACCCUACCCAUCUGGGGGGCGCCAGGCUCCCGGCCGGGCUCUGACCGGCUCUUAAUUAACUUCUCCUUCACCUUGACUAACUCCUGCCCUCCUGGUCUGUUCCUUUCAGCGAUAACUAACGGCUUGUGGAUUUCUUUCUGACUAACAACAGGUCUAACACUACUUGUUACUAUUACUGUUAACAGCUUGGAUGUCGGCAUGGCUGGGAUGGGGCUAACGCAGGUUUGGAACGUGACUAACCCCGGCAGAGGUGUAGUUUCAUAGAGUUGGACUUGGCUUCUGCUCUGGUCAGAGCUAUCUGUAGUCAGUAAAGAUCGGGGGAUUCCAAAAGAGGUGGUAGGGCUGGGGUGUGGCCCAGGCAUGGGCAAAAUGGUACCCAUUGAGGGUGGGAUCAGAGGGUGGGGUCAGCCGUGAAGGGUUAUAGCCGCUGGAAUCCCAUCAACGUCUAACAGUCUGCAUUUGGGUUUUUUUUAAAAUAAUCUUAUAGCUGCCGUAGGCCAAAUGGGUGGAUGCAACUCUUGUGGGCUUCAACUCGACUGUCUGGUGUGGACAGAGGAUGUGCCAUUAUGCAUGGAAUCACUGGUCACCAGGCCAAGACCUAGACUCCUUUAUUUGGGGACUUGAGGGUUUUGGAAGUUCCAAGAAUGAAGCUUAGGAUCUGAAUACUCAGAAGGGUUUAGAUUCCAUCGUCCAUUCACACCUUAGUAUAAAUUAGCUCAGCUUCCUCUUUAGUCUUCUCUGCAGUGUAGCUGCACUGAGAUGUGAGUUUGGCUGCAAGGGAGUUUGGUUUGCUUCAGGGUUGGGGGAGGAUCCUUUGGCAGCAGAGGAGGAGAGCCACGGGGUCAGGGGAUCUUGGGCGGGGGGUGAAAGGUAACAUCAGGUUGAGAUGGGGAUGAGAAGAGGGACCGUUUUGCUGGUCCAGUCUGGUAGUUUGGUUCUGUGGGAAAGGGUAGUUCAUGGCAGGGCUUGGAGGACUGGAUCUGUUCAGGGCCAGGGUCAGAGGCUGGCCUAGAGACUUAGAGGCAGGUUGCUUGGGUCAUUGAGCGCUCUGACAGCCAUGGGCUUGGAGCAAAUCUAAUGCACCUGGCAGUGGGGCCUUAAGGGAGGCCUGAACCACAAAGGGAACAAGAGAGGAGAAUGCAUUAGGAAGAGCUUGGGGAGGCAGCCUGGGUCAUCACAGGGACAGACAGGAUGGAUGGGGCCGAAGUGGGGGAAGCACCUCUCUGCUGCCCUCUAGUGGCCUCCCUGCCCAUUUCUCUGGAAGCAGGAAGCUUGGGCCCUUGGCUUUCCCGGAAAUUCUCUUUAUUCACCUGCAAAGAUCUUGAUGUUGCUGAGGACCUAAGGUGAGCCCAGCACUGCUCUGGGUGCUGGAAUCCACCUACAGGCCCUUCCAUCUGGUGCUUGUAUAGCUCAGUGAGGGAGUUAGAGAACUUAACAUGUAAUGCAGUGAGAUGGUUGCUGUGUAGGGCUGGGCAGGGCUGUGGAAGCACCCAGAAGGCGGACAGGGUUGCUGUGCACCUAGUUCACGUCAGGCAUGGUGCUUGGUGUUGUGAACAAGUGCUGAUUAAGCCCUCUGCUCUCCAGGACAUUUCAUGCUGGUGCAUCGGGUGGGCGCGGGGUAGAAUGGAGUGUAGGCAGUCAGGGCAGGCUUUCUGAAUGGGAGACAUCUAAGUUGAGCCCUGGUUAGGUGCAGUGGGGCUGAGUUCCAGGUAGCGGGAAUGGCAGACACAAAGUUCUGGGCAUUGGAGAGUGUCGAAGAGGUUCAGGAAGGUUCAUGGGGAAUGUAGCAGGAGACAGAUAGGACAUGGACAAGCACCAGGCCCUGUUGCCAGGAAGUUUUGGAUUUGUGUUAAGGGCAAUGGGGAGCUAUGGAUGUGACCUGAGGAGGGGAGAGUUGGAUUUUCAGGCUAACAAUUUGGCUAUUUCAGCCCAGGUGGAAUUCUGAGGCGCUUACAAUGUGUUCUGGUCAGUUUUAGAUAAGUGAUAAGAACCUGAAGCUAAGGGACCCUUAGAUCUGUCGUGAGAUAAAUAGAAACCUGAACCCCUUGGUCCAGCUGCAGUUAGUGCUGCAGUGACCAGAAAGCAGGAAGGGGCUUGGCUGGGGUGACAGGGACAACUGAGAGGACGAGCAGCCCUGAAAGGGGGUCACCCCAGCCCUGGGGGUAUGCGGCUCCCGGAGAAGUUCUGAGGAGAUGUCCUCAUGGACUGCAAGUCUCCAGGAGAACCUCACCUACCCUGUGUGUCUGCCAGAGGGACAUGCAUGUGUAGAGUAAGCUUCUGAGAGGCAGAGCCUGGUCCCAGGGAAGGAGAAAUGUGUCAUGAGGGGGAACAACUCUUCUGGAGGUGGAAGGAGAGGGACUAGGCCCACUUUGAGACAGAUGGUGGUGACGGGGAGAGUCCAGGAUUCUGUGUGUGGGUGUGCAUGUGAGUGUGUGUCCAUGUGUGCACGCGUGUGUGUUCUUGACUUAAUACCAAAGGAAGCUGAUCCCAAGUAGGCACAGUCUGUUUACCCCUCCCUGACCCAAGCCUUUGAUGUUCACUCUGGGGUCAAGUCCACUGAACAUCAAGUUCGUUAGGAGGAGGACUGUAUGAGCUGGGGAAUUGGUGGCAUACUGUGUUUGGGAGAUGUCUGGGGUGGGGACUGGUCCCAUCCCAACAAAGCAUCCUGAAGUUCCUUCUUGAGAGUCUGUCCAGGGACCCACUGUUUUACUUUAACCAGAGGAGAAACUUUCUGUGUGGGGAUAGAUACUCUGCUACAAAUUAAAGACCAGAUUCUUAUAUGGAUCCAGCAGUGGAGUGUGAACUUGGCUGUUUUUACUGAUGAAUGUAGCUUUCAUGUAAAUACCAUUUUGAUAUUAAAAUCUGACUUCACACCUGAA